GAGCCCCGCCCCUCCCCGCGCGGCGCACUCUGGGUAAAACCCAAUAUGGCGGCGCCCUUGGAGCAGUGCUGAGAAACUGACUCUCCCGAAAAAGAGAAGCCAAUUUUGCCUGAAUCAGCAAUCCAGAGCCGCGAAAAACAGCGACCAGCGCCCACAGGAGCCCCAGAGACGGCCUCACAAUUGCCCAACCCUGGCAGAGCUGUGUCAGCGAGAGCGUAUGUGUGCAAAAAUGGGCCUAAUUCGCAGCCCCUAGCAAGCGAGUAGAGGAGGAAGCGGGGAAGUGAUCGUCGGGAGUUCGCUCCGCAAAACAGGCGAGGAGGCUGGGAGCUGACAACGCGAGCACUGCGGAGAUAUACAGCCAGGACGUUGCUGUCAAACUCGGGGCUGCUGCUGCUAGGCCCGGUUACAAAUACUGUGCCAUCUUGGUGCGCCAGGGUCUGUGUUGUGCGAUUGGACGUGAAUCUCGGUUAACUUUAAAGCCGAGUCGGGGUGAACUUUACCGUUUAAAAUAAGUGCGUCCCCUUUUUCCUGCUUGAGCAAGCACAGGGAUAUCUUUUCGGAGGUUGUGUCCGAGAGUGCAUGGCUGCUGACACGGUGUGUAGCGCCACAAGAUCAGCGAAUCCCAGCCUUAUUGACUGAACAAAAAAGUCUUGCGCUUGGAAAGUUUGAGGGUGUUUAGUGCAGUGUAACCCGCUUAGGUGACAUUUGUCAUCCUGUUUUUGCCUAGACAGAAAAAGACGGUGGGAAAUUUAAGCGGUGAGACUUUGCAUCCAAAAACACUAAACAAAAUAAAUACAAACUUUACUCCUUGAUCCUGACUAACUUACUUAAUAUAGCCGCCACGCUAAACCAGGUCAUUUGCAUCGGUUAUACUGCUUGCUAUAUCAGUGUACAAAAAAACACAACUGCAAAAUGUAUUUCUGUGGAUUGAUGUAAUAUAUACGUAGAUUUAUAUACAUAUAUCUCUAUAUAAAAUAAUAUUUUCUAUAUUUGAAAUUUGCGAACUCAAACACCUCCAAUGAGGAUGGAUUCGGAUCUGCUGCACUCCCCGGCUUUGGGUGUUGGCGGAGGGGAGGAGGAAGAGUCGGACAUGACCGACUGGAACCUGCCUCUAACCUUCAUGAAGAAGCGGCACAGCGAGAAGAUCGAGGGAUCCAAGGCACUGGCACAGAGCUGGAGAAUGAAGGACCGGAUGAAGACGGUGAGUGUGGCGCUGGUCCUGUGCCUAAAUGUGGGGGUCGACCCCCCUGACGUGGUGAAGACCUCCCCCUGUGCACGGCUGGAGUGCUGGAUCGACCCGCUGUCCAUGAGCCCACAGAAGGCGCUGGAGUCGAUAGGAGCCAAUCUGCAGAAGCAGUACGAGAACUGGCAGCCACGGGCCCGGUACAAGCAGAGCCUGGACCCCACGGUAGACGAGGUGAAGAAGCUGUGCACCUCCCUGCGCCGCAACGCCAAGGAAGAAAGGGUGCUGUUCCACUACAAUGGGCACGGUGUGCCCCGGCCCACCGUCAACGGAGAGAUCUGGGUCUUCAACAAGAACUACACUCAGUACAUCCCCCUCUCUGUCUAUGACCUGCAGACCUGGAUGGGGAGCCCCUCCAUCUUCGUGUAUGAUUGCUCCAACGCCGGCAUCAUCGUCAAGUCUUUCAAGCAGUUCGCCCUGCAGCGGGAGCAGGAGCUGGAGGUAGCUGCCAUCAACCCAAACCACCCCCUGGCUCAGGUGCCGCUCCCACCCUCCAUGAAGAACUGCAUCCAGCUGGCAGCGUGCGACGCCAGCGAGCUCCUCCCCAUGAACUCCGACCUGCCGGCCGACCUCUUCACAUCCUGCCUGACCACGCCCAUCAAGAUCGCGCUGCGCUGGUUCUGUAUGCAGAAGAGUGCCAAGCUGGUUCCCGGAGUGACGCUGGAUUUAAUUGAGAAGAUCCCUGGCCGGCUCAAUGACCGUCGCACUCCGCUAGGGGAGCUGAACUGGAUCUUCACAGCCAUCACCGACACCAUCGCCUGGAACGUGCUGCCCAGAGACCUGUUCCAGAAGCUGUUCCGCCAGGACCUGCUGGUUGCCAGUUUAUUCCGCAACUUCCUAUUGGCCGAGAGGAUAAUGAGGUCGUACAACUGCACGCCUGUGAGCAGCCCCCGCCUGCCCCCCACGUACAUGCACGCCAUGUGGCAGGCCUGGGACCUGGCAGUGGACAUCUGCCUGUCUCAGCUUCCCACGAUAAUCGAGGAGGGAACGGCAUUCAAGCACAGCCCCUUCUUCGCGGAGCAGCUGACUGCCUUCCAGGUCUGGUUGACGAUGGGAGUGGAGAACCGUAACCCCCCGGAGCAGCUUCCCAUCGUGCUGCAGGUCCUCCUGAGUCAGGUGCACCGGCUCCGAGCGCUGGACCUGCUGGGCCGCUUCUUGGACCUGGGCCCGUGGGCCGUCAGUCUGGCUCUCUCUGUCGGGAUCUUCCCCUACGUCCUCAAGCUCCUGCAGAGUUCAGCGCGGGAGCUGCGGCCACUGCUGGUGUUCAUCUGGGCCAAAAUCCUGGCCGUGGACAGCUCGUGCCAAGCUGAUCUUGUGAAGGACAAUGGCCACAAGUACUUCCUGUCUGUCUUGGCAGACCCCUACAUGCCGGCAGAGCACAGGACCAUGGCAGCUUUCAUCUUGGCAGUGAUCGUGAACAGUUACAACACAGGGCAGGAGGCCUGUCUGCAGGGGAAUCUCAUUGCAAUCUGCUUGGAGCAGCUCAAUGACCCUCACCCGCUCCUGCGCCAGUGGGUGGCCAUCUGUCUGGGACGCAUCUGGCAGAACUUCGACUCUGCGCGCUGGUGCGGCGUGCGGGACAGCGCCCACGAGAAGCUCUACAGCCUGCUAUCGGACCCCAUUCCAGAGGUCCGCUGUGCCGCGGUCUUUGCCCUGGGCUCCUUCGUGGGGAACUCGGCUGAGCGGACAGACCACUCGACCACGAUCGACCACAACGUGGCCAUGAUGCUGGCGCAGCUCCUCAACGAUGGCAGCCCUGUGGUGCGCAAGGAGCUGGUUGUGGCGCUCAGCCACCUGGUGGUUCAGUACGAGAGCAACUUCUGCACCGUGGCUCUGCAGUUCAUGGAGGAGGAGAGGAACUACGCUGUUCCCUCUCCCGCCAGCACCACAGAGGCUGGAAACCUGACGCCGGUGAGGGACAGUCCUGCCAUCCCACGCCUUCGCUCUGUCAGCUCGUACGGGAACAUCCGGGCUGCCACGACAGUGCGCAACCUCAACAAGAGCCUGCAGAACCUGAACCUCAGUGAGGAGGUAGGAGGCUCUGUCACCUUCUCUCCUGGGAACCUCAGCACCAGCAGCAGUGCGAGCAGCACGCUGGGCAGCCCCGACAACGAUGAGUACAUCCUGUCCUUCGAGACCAUCGACAAGAUGAGGAGGGUCAGCUCCUACUCCUCUCUCAACUCACUCAUCGGGGUGUCCUUUAACAGUGUUUACACCCAGAUCUGGAGGGUGCUGCUCCACCUGGCCGCUGACCCGUACCCUGAAGUGUAUGACCUGGCCAUGAAGGUGCUCAACAGCAUUGCAUACAAGGCCACCAUGAAUGCUCGGCCCCAGAGGAUACUGGACUCUGGCUCCCUCACCCAGUCUGCCCCAGCCAGCCCCACCAGUAAGGGCACCCACAUCCACCAGGUCGGAGGCUCUCCCCCGAUGCCGAGCACCAGCAGCUCCAGCCUGACCAACGAGGUCCCGAAACCUGCCGGGAGAGAGCUGCCCUCGUCCCGGCCCCCCUACACUCCCACCCUGGGCGGUCAGGCGCCACACUCGCACCAGUUCACCAGGACGCGCAAAAUGUUUGACAAGGGUCCAGACCAGGGUGCCGAUGAUGGGGACGAGGGGGUGGGGCACCGGAACUUCAUCACCGCGGCGAUGCAGACCGGCCUCUGUGAUUGGAGUGCCAAGUACUUCGCACAGCCAGUCAUGAAGAUCCCGGAGGAGCACGAUGUGGAGAGCCAUGUGAGAAAGGAGCGCGAGUGGAGAUUCCUGAGGAACGCGCUGGUGAGGCGGCACAGCCAGAGCAUCACGCAGAGAGGUAUAACCCGCCUGGAUGACCAGAUCUUCAUCAACAGGAACCCCGGGGUCCCCUCAGUGGUCAAGUUCCACCCCUUCAACCCGUGCAUCGCUGUGGCAGACAAGGACAGCAUCUGUUUCUGGGACUGGGAGAAGGGAGAGAAGCUGGACUAUUUCUACAAUGGGAACCCUCGCUACACCCGGAUCACUGCCAUGGAGUAUCUCAACGGGCAUGACUGCUCCCUGCUGCUCACAGCCACAGAUGACGGGGCUCUCCGUGUCUGGAAGAACUUCGCAGAUCUGGAGAGGAACCCUGAGAUGGUCACAGCCUGGCAGGGUCUGUCCGACAUGCUGCCCACCACCAGAGGUCUGCCCCGAAGAGUUUCAAUCCAUCUUGACAGGAGUAAGCAGGGAGGCGCUGGCAUGGUGGUGGACUGGGAGCAGGAGACAGGGCUGCUCAUGACGUCUGGAGAUGUCCGGGUCAUCCGAAUCUGGGACACAGACCGGGAGAUGAAGAUACAGGACAUCCCGACUGGUGCGGACAGCUGUGUGACCAGCCUGUCCUGUGACUGUCAGCGCUCCCUGAUCGCCGCGGGCCUGGGGGACGGAUCUGUGCGCGUCUACGACAGGAGGAUGGGCCCCAACGAAAGCCGUGUGGUGACGUACCGCGAGCACAGCGCCUGGGUGGUGAAGGUACACCUGCAGAAGCAGACUGAAGGGAACAUCAUCAGUGUCAGUGUGAAUGGAGAUGUGCGCUUCUUCGAGCUUCGAAUGCCCGACUCUGUGAAUGUGAUGCAGACAGUGAAGGGGCUGACAGCACUGGACAUCCACCCACAAGCCAACCUGAUUGCUUGCGGCUCUAUGAACCAGUUCAUCGCUGUGUACAACUCCAGCGGAGACGUCAUCAGCAACAUCAAAUACUACGACGGGUUCAUGGGACAACGAAUCGGUGCCAUCAGCUGCCUCGCCUUCCAUCCUUACUGGCCCCACUUGGCAGUUGGCAGCAAUGACUACUACAUGUCCAUCUACUCUGCGGAGAAGAGGAUGAGAUAACGGCAGAAAGGACUCUCCUCAGAAGCUCCUCAAGCAAUGGUGUAAAUUCCUCUUGUAUAUAUCCAAUUCCCAACUUGAAUGUCUAGUGAUGGCUGCUGCUACUCAACACUUGAAUCAUUAUUCUGAUAGUGUAUUGUUAGAUCUGUGUUGGGCUACUGAUUAUAGACUUGGCUGUGCUGAGGCAUGGAUGUGUGUGUGUGUACAUAGAAUUGCAGAUACACAUUAGAGACCUAUUUUAGACCACACCCCUGUGGGAUUUGCUCUUUUUAAAUAGUCCUUCUGGUGCGUCUCCAGAGCUAGUGCAGUGCAGGGGUCCUCGGGGGUAUUUCAACCUGGUCGUCCGAAUAUAAUAAUGUAUUUUUGUAUAAUAGUCUGACGAUGCACACAUAAUAACUGUCAAGGAUGUUUUUUUUAACAGUUUUCUGUCAGCCCUGUUUUAUCCGCUCAGGAAAGCACCACAGCUUUAAAACCCGAAAUGAUUCGUCUGAAACAAUGUCCUGGUCCCUGGAUUCACACAGUACCUUUAAUUAAGCAAGUGCCAUACUCCGUGCUCCCUGGAGAGGUGACGUUGAAGUGCUGGUCUGAUGCUGGAUGUGCGUUCGGUUCACUGCAGGAUGUACCGGCACAUUGUCCCCAGAAAGAAUUUCAUUUUUAUUUAAAAAAUGUGACCCUGGUGUGCAUAGUAAACAAUCCCUUCAUAUGGCCGUGGAAAUGGCCCUAUGUGUGCACUGGGAAGCCUUGUAAAUGUGGCUUAAAUGGAUUGCAACGUAUUUCACUACAAUAGUAACUUAGUAUACAGUAAGCGCUGGUGGACAGUACACCCCCCAGGGGAAUCGUGGUGCCGACACACAUGGUGUUUGAAGCUGUCAUGGUGUUUGGAGCUGUCACGGUGUUUGGAGCCUGUCAUGGUGUUUGGAGCUGUCGCAGUGUUUGAAGCCUGUCAUGGUGUAUGGAACUGUCAUGGUGUUUGAAGCCUGUCAUGGUGUUUGGAGCUGUCGCGGUGUUUGGAGCUGUCGCGGUGUUUGGAGCUGUCGCGGUGUUUGGAGCUGUCAUGGUAUUUGGAGCUGUCGCAGUGUUUGAAGCCUGUCAUGGUGUUUGGAGCUGUCAUGGUGUUUGAAGCCUUCGCGGUGUUUGAAGCCUCUCAUGGUGUUUGGAGCUGUCUUUGUGUUUGAAGCUGUCAUGGUGUUGAAGCCUUCGCGGUGUUUGAAGCUGUCAUGGUGUUUGAAGCUGUCGCGGUGUUUGAAGCCUGUCAUGGUAUUUGGAGCUGUCGCGGUGUUUGGAGCUGUCAUGGUAUUUGGAGCUGUCGCUGUGUUUGGAGCUGUCAUGGUGUUUGGAGCUGUCAUGGUGUUUGAAGCUGUCGUGGUGUUUGGAGCUGUCGUGGUGUUUGAAGCCGUCACUAGCUGGUUACUCCACUGGACAGGGGUGGAUUUCAACUUCUGUGAAGUCUCUUUGAUGUGAACCAGCUGAGUUGACCACAAAGCACUCGUCCCGUCAGUGUCCGGUUUCGACCCGUCGGAGCACAGCCCCCCCAAGUUUCAGACCCUCAUGUGGUUGGAUGCAGGGGCAGAGGGUUAUAAAGAGGAGGAGGAGGGGGUGGGCGUCCCAGGAGAUAUUAAUGGACAUGUAUCACUAAGCAUGCAAACAAAUAGAGAGAGAAAACAAAUAGCUAACCGUUUCUGUGGAGCUGCAUACUAACCUACCCACUGCACUUGCAGCUCCUCCUUUAUUCCAAGCAUGAUGUCUCACUUAGUGCUUUGUGAGUCUCAACAAUAUUCAGCUGUCAUUUUGUUUUUUCACAUUGUCACUGACGAAAUGCGACCCUCAUUUCAUAAUACUGAGGUUUUAAGUAUUUUGACUGACACUCUGCAUACCAACUAGUCUAAAAUGCAGUUGCGCUGCAGCUUUUUCCUUGUGCCAUCUCAAGAGCUCCAGUCUCAACCUCAGACUUCUCGCACAGGGCCCCCUGUUUAAUAUCCAUGCAUGAUGCGGUGCUGUUUCUCAGGGCUCACCCACGCUGGUCCUGGAGAGCCACAAUCCUGCAGGUUUUCUGUGUUUUCUUUAAAUCAUCAAUGGCUAAAGAUCUGGAAACACAUGUUAGUGUUGAGCAAUUAAGAAAAUAGCUGGUUCAAUGAAGUAAUUGAGAACUUGGGUGGAACGAAGACCAGAAGCCCAUACGGCUCUCAGGACCUGGGUUGGCCACCCCUGGUUUAUGUCAUCCCGGCUUCCUUUGGCAAAACUGGCAGUGAAGGCUGGAGCCCCGUGAGCCUUUUAAGCUGCCAGACCCUCGCAUGCAUGAGUCGCACCUUUAGGGGGCGCAAAAGGACCACGGGCAGCAGAGAUAGAAACUCACCCCUGGCAAUAUUCUCUUUAAAACGCUCUUGUAAUAGUGUGCUAAAAGUGUAUCAUUUUAGAAUAUCAAUCAGGUGUUCUCCACAGCAGUACAAAGAAAUGUUUUCUCUGCUUUACUGAACAUUGUCUGUAUGGAGGGAGAGAAAUCUCUUACAGAAUAAACCAAAUCCCCAAGA